UACGAGCCGGAGUCCGAGCUGGAGCAGGAGGACCACACCCUGGGGGCGGGGCUUAGGGCUGGGCUGGGGGCGGGUCUGGACUUCAUCAUGGCAUCGGCGGUGGGUGGGGCUUGGCAGAGCGAGCCGGCCUGCAGCACAGAGCAGCCCCCACCAAUCGCCCCCCCCGCCAAGGACAAGGGCCCCCCGGGGGGCAAAGUGGGCUGGCCCACUCCGGCCAGCCCGUACACUGAGGGGGGGGAGGGGGCUCCGCAGCGCUGGCCGGACCAGCAGCAGGGAGGGGGGGGGUUCCACAGCCCCUGCCUGACGUACCCCAGCGAGGCCGGCGCCCCACCGCGCUUCCCCCGGGCGGAGCCUCAGGAGCGGGACACCGCCAGCGGCUUCCCCCCGCCAACGCCCAGCCAGAACUGCGUCGCCCCCGGCGACGGCCCCAACAGGUGCGGCCUGUGCGGCAAGACCUUCAGCACGCCGUGGACGCUGAAGACCCACCAGCGCGUCCACACCGGGGAGAGACCGUACUCCUGCGCCGUCUGCGCCCGGUCUUUCCAGAACAUGGACAACCUGAAGACUCACCAGCUGGUGCACACUGGGGAGAGACCGUUCGGCUGCCCCCUGUGCGGGAAGAGGUUCAGCCUCCUGCGUAACCUGAAGACUCACCAGCGGACUCACACCGGGGAGAAACCGUACAGCUGCUCCCAGUGCGGCCGGACCUUUGGCCACCUGCAGAGCCUGGAGACACACCAGCGCAUUCACACUGGGGAGAAACCGUACAGCUGCACCCACUGCGGGAAGAACUUCAGCAUUGCGCAGAACCUGAAGACGCACCUGCGGAUCCACACCGGGGAGAAACCGUACUGCUGCACGCAGUGUGGGAAAUGUUUCAGCCAGCUGGGCAACCUGAGAACCCACCAGCGAACUCACACUGGGGAGAGACCGUACUGCUGCACUCAGUGCGGGAAGAGCUUCAGCCUGCUGCAGAACCUGAAAACACACCAGCGAAUCCACAGCGGGAACAGAGCUUAGCCCAGGAGCCGUGCGGAUAAGAACUGAACUGAGUACGUUUUGUUUUCAGGAAGGAUGUUGAAAUGUUGUCCGUCCUGAUGCCUCCAUUAAAACAAUGUGCAUUCUCUAA